CCAAACCACUCAGACUCCUUUCACAUAUAGAGAGAGAGACUCUGUCACGGCGAGGAGAGGCUUCAGAGAGAGAAAGAGAGAAAAGCAAAGAAAAAAGAAAACCCAAACACAUAGAAAGAAAAAAGAAAGCAAAGCUAGGCAGAAAAAUUUAGUACGUAAAAGUAAUUCCAGAUUUUCGUAGAUCUGAUUUUCCUCUUUCUUCUUAAAAUAAUUCAAAUUCCCGAAUUUCAUUUUCCUCGAUUCCGCGAUCUUUGGGAAAAAAAAUAAAUAAAUAAAGAAAGAAAAAUAUCAAGUGAGCGAAGAGAAAAAGAAGGAAGCGUAGAGUGCAAUGUUCCGAUUUCAAGAGGAGAAGAUCCGAAAACGAAUUUGAAUUCUCAGAGAGAGAGAGAGAGAGAAAGAGAAAGAGAUAGAGAGAGAGAGAGAGAGAGUUCGAAGGAAGGGUUUUUUGCUAUGGCCGACGCUCUCUCAGUGAUUCCCGCUUCCGUGCUCCGAAAUCUCUCCGAUAAGCUCUACGAGAAGCGCAAGAAUGCUGCUCUUGAGGUUGAAGGAAUUGUGAAGCAACUCGCGGUGGCCGGGGAUCAUGAUAGGAUAACGGCGGUGAUCAAUUUGUUGACUACGGAGUUCACGAAGUCUCCGCAAGCGAAUCAUCGGAAGGGGGGAUUGAUAGGAUUAGCUGCUGCCACAGUUGGGUUGACUAGUGAGGCGGCUCAACAUCUAGAGCAAAUUGUGACUCCUGUGCUUGACUCUUUUUCUGACCAAGAUAGCAGAGUUCGGUAUUAUGCUUGUGAAGCUCUAUAUAAUAUUGCAAAGGUUGUAAGAGGGGAUUUCAUCAUAUUCUUUAAUAAGAUUUUUGAUGCCUUAUGUAAACUAUCGGCAGACUCAGAUGCCAAUGUACAAAGUGCUGCUCAUCUUUUAGAUCGGCUUGUGAAGGACAUUGUUACUGAAAGCGAUCAAUUCAGUUAUUUUUUCUUCAGCAUCGAAGAAUUUAUACCAUUGCUGAGGGAGCGUAUGAAUGUCCUAAAUCCCUAUGUCCGGCAGUUUUUGGUAGGCUGGAUUACUGUAUUGGACAGUGUUCCAGAUAUUGAUAUGCUGGGCUUUCUUCCUGAUUUUCUUGAUGGUUUGUUUAAUAUGUUAAGCGAUUCUAGCCAUGAAAUAAGGCAACAAGCUGAUUCAGCUCUUUCGGAGUUUCUACAAGAGAUCAAGAACUCCCCAUCUGUAGAUUAUGGUCGCAUGGCUGAAAUACUGGUGCAGAGGGCAGGUUCUUCAGAUGAAUUUACUCGGUUAACAGCUAUCACAUGGAUAAAUGAGUUUGUGAAACUUGGUGGGGACCAGCUUGUGCCUUAUUAUGCUGAUAUUCUUGGAGCCAUUUUGCCUUGCAUAUCUGAUAAAGAGGAGAAAAUUAGAGUGGUUGCUCGUGAAACAAACGAAGAGCUUCGUUCAAUCCAGGCUGAUCCAGCUGAAGGAUUUGAUGUAGGAGCAAUCCUCGGUAUUGCAAGGAGGCAAUUAAAUAGCGAAUGGGAGGCUACUCGAAUUGAAGCAUUGCAUUGGAUCUCAAGCCUUCUUAAUAGACAUCGCUUUGAGGUCUUAAGUUCCCUCAAUGACAUAUUUGACUCCCUUCUGAAAGCGCUGUCAGAUCCUUCUGAUGUGGUUGUGCUCCUUGUUCUGGAGGUUCAUGCUGGCAUAGCAAAAGAUCCUCAGCACUUCCGCCAACUUGUUGUUUUCCUAGUUCAUACUUUCCGGGUAGAUAAUUCUCUUCUUGAGAAGCGUGGUGCUCUGAUUAUCCGCCGGCUAUGUGUACUUUUAGAUGCUGAAAGGGUCUACCUUGAACUCUCAACCAUACUAGAAGGAGAAUCGGAUCUGGAUUUUGCAUCUAUUAUGGUUCAGGCUUUGAAUUUGAUUUUACUUACAUCCUCUGAAUUGUAUGAGCUUCGGAAUCUUUUAAAACUUUCACUGGUGAAUCCCGCUGGGAAAGACUUGUUUGUUUCGUUGUAUGCUUCAUGGUGCCAUUCACCCAUGGCAAUUAUAAGCCUAUGCUUACUAGCUCAGACAUACCAGCAUGCAAGUGAUGUGAUUCAGUCUCUGGUGGGGGAAGAUAUUAAUGUCAAUUUUUUGGUCCAGCUGGAUAAAUUGAUUCGCUUGUUGGAAACUCCUAUCUUUGCUUAUCUUAGACUGCAGCUUCUUGAACCUGGAAGAUAUAUAUGGUUGUUAAAAGCCUUAAAUGGCCUUCUGAUGUUGCUUCCCCAGCAAAGUGCCGCCUUCAAGAUACUACGAACGCGUUUAAAAACUGUACCGUCGUAUUCCUUCAAUGGUGAGCAAUUCAGGCGAACUUCUUCAGGGAACCCCUAUCUACAUCACAUGCCAAGUGGAUCUCAAAUCACUGAGGAUGGUGACCGAAUGCAGGAUGGUGGAAAUUCAAAUAAUGGAAUUAACUUCGCUUUAAGGCUACAACAGUUUGAGAAAAUGCAGUACCAGCACCGUAUGCAUGCACAAGCACAGGCACAAUACCGCAACAGUUCUACCACUUCAUUAUCAAAGGAGGUGCAAAGAAAUGAAGAACCUCGGCACCCUUCUUCAUCAGACACGAGUGGGCCUCCUUCAAGAUCAUCAAAGAGAGGCCCGGGGCAAUUACAACUGUGAUGAUUGUUGCUGCUUCCUGGUUCCUGCCCAUAGUCAAGGCUAAUUGUACACCGGUCUCAGAGGAUGUCUGACCCAUGGAUGAGAUCUAGUGUAAUCUGUAAAAUUGUAUAUCGUAGUAGUUUGUUUUGUUAAACUGUAUGGAGGUUGGGACGGUUAAAAGGGUUUUGAAUUAAGAUGAGCUUGGAUUUCCUGAGCUAUUCUUUUUCCAUAGUAAGCAGCAAGAUAUACCCAUGUGGUUCUGUUGUUUUUUAUUGAAAACCACGAGGGCUAGAGGGAGAUAAUUAUUUUAGAAGAUACAGUCUGUUUUUGUUAUGUUCAUCUGUUACAGAAAUCUUAUAAAAUAAGAAAUUAGCUAAUUCAUGUAUACAAAUCCUACAGAAAAAUUAUGGAUGUGUUAUAAUUAUUUUUAUCGAUUUUCAA